AUGGCAAACGUCAAGCAGGAAUCAGCCAGUACGGCUACGACUAGUGCUAUAGAGGAGUUGCCAAACGACGGCACAGGCGUUAUCAAGCUUGAUCCGUGGCUCUCUCCUUUCAAAGAAUCUCUCCGACACAGAUACAAGAAGGCACAGGACUGGAUUGCCACAAUCAAUGAGACUGAGGGUGGGUUAGAGAAGUUCAGCAGGGGCACAGAGAGAUUCGGCUUCAACGUGGACGCCCAGAACAACAUCACAUACAGGGAGUGGGCGCCAAAUGCAACACAGGCAUUCCUUAUUGGUGAAUUCAAUGAUUGGAACCGGGAGUCACAUCCUAUGAAGAAGGACCCAUUUGGGGUCUUCGAGGUUGUGCUACCUGCGAGAGAUGGACAGCCUGCUAUUGCGCACAAUUCCAAGAUCAAGAUCUCCAUGAUCACACCAUCCGGUGAACGAAUCGAACGCAUACCGGCAUGGAUCAAGUACGUUACCCAAGACCUUUCCGUGUCUCCUGUCUACGAUGGUCGAUUCUGGAACCCUCCCCCCUCCGAACGAUAUGUCUUCAAACACCCAAGACCAAAGAAGCCCGAGAGCGCCAGGGUAUACGAAGCACACGUUGGGAUCUCAUCUCCCGAGUUGAGAGUGUCUACAUACAAGGAGUUCACAAAGAACAUGCUCCCGAGGAUACACCAUCUGGGAUAUAAUGUCAUCCAGCUUAUGGCUAUCAUGGAGCACGCAUACUAUGCAAGCUUCGGCUACCAGGUCAACAGCUUCUUUGCAGCAAGCAGUCGAUAUGGUACGCCAGACGAAUUGAAGGAGCUCAUUGACACAGCCCAUGGGCUCGGGAUUGUCGUACUCUUGGACGUGGUUCACAGUCACGCCUCAAAGAACGUCCUAGAUGGCUUAAACGAGUUCGAUGGCUCCGAUAACUGCUAUUUUCACGACGGGCCGAAAGGCAAGCAUGAGUUGUGGGACAGCAGAUUAUUCAACUAUGGAAGUCAUGAAGUUCUGAGAUUUCUUUUAAGCAAUUUGAGGUUCUGGAUGGAUGAGUAUUGUUUUGAUGGAUUUCGAUUUGACGGUGUUACAAGUAUGCUUUAUACCCAUCAUGGAAUUGGAACGGGGUUUUCCGGUGGAUACCAUGAGUAUUUUGGUCCGAGCGUUGAUGAGGAUGGCGUGGUCUAUUUGAUGCUUGCGAAUGAGAUGUUGCACCAGCUGUAUCCGGAGACCAUAACCAUCGCGGAAGAUGUCUCUGGCAUGCCGGCUUUGUGUCUACCCCUUGCACUCGGAGGUGUCGGGUUCGACUACCGACUAGCAAUGGCAAUUCCGGAUAUGUGGAUCAAGAUCCUAAAGGAGAAGAAGGACGAUGACUGGGACAUGGGCAAUAUUACAUUCACAUUGACGAAUCGACGUCAUGGGGAGAAGACGAUUGCCUACUGCGAGAGUCACGACCAAGCCCUGGUCGGGGACAAAUCCAUUAUGAUGCAUCUCUGUGAUGCACAAAUGUAUACCAACAUGUCCACCCUGACGGAACUAACCCCCAUCAUCGAGCGAGGCAUGUCCCUCCAUAAAAUGAUCCGACUCUUAACACAUGGCCUCGGCGGCGAGGGCUACUUGAACUUUGAAGGUAACGAAUUCGGCCAUCCGGAAUGGCUCGACUUCCCCCGUGCAGGUAAUAACAAUAGUUUUUGGUACGCGCGCCGUCAAUUCAACCUGACUGACGAUGGCCUCCUCCGCUACAAGUUCCUCAAUGAAUUUGACGCCAAGAUGCAACGCACCGAGGAGAAAUACGGAUGGCUGCAUUCUGAACAGGCUUACAUCAGUUUGAAGAACGAGGCUGAUAAGGUAAUUGUCUUUGAGCGUGCCAGACUGCUCUGGAUCUUCAACUUCCACCCGACCAAGAGCUUCCCGGAUUAUCGGGUGGGGGUCGAACAGAGCGGUACGUAUAGGGUGGUGUUGAACACAGAUAGUAAGGAAUAUGGCGGUUUUGAGCGAAUCGACGCCGGGACGAGAUUCUUCACGACGCCAUUGGAGUGGAACGGGCGGAAGAACUUCACGCAGGUGUAUAUCCCGACCAGGACUGCGAUUGUAAGUCGAGACGCUCUGCGCAGGGUUGAAAGGGAGAUACUGACUUGCUUAGGUUCUCGCUCUUGA